UUACUUACUUGGUAGAACAUCAAAGCAAAAACAACCAUCGAGAUCCUUGAGUUCCCUCUUACACUUAAGUCCCACAUUCCUCAUACUAUAUACAUCCAAUGGAAAGCAUUACAAGUUUAGUUGCUGACAAACCAGUGGUGAUAUUUAGCAAAAGCACUUGCUGCAUGAGCCAUUCCAUUCAAACGCUGAUCUCAGGAUUUGGGGCAAAGAUGACAGUGUACGAGCUAGACCAGUUGUCUAACGGUCAGGACAUGGAGAAAGCAUUAAAGCAGAUGGGGUGUAAGCCGAGUGUACCAGCUGUGUUCAUAGGGGAACAAUUUAUAGGUGGGGCUAACCAGGUAAUGACUCUUCAAGUCAAGAACCAACUAGCCGCAUUGCUAAAAAGAGCCGGAGCCAUAUGGGUUUAAGUCCAAAUGCAACUAAGGAUAAAAUAAGUGAUGAGAAGAAUAUAUAUACAUAUACUUGUUUUACCUUUUUUUUUGGGUUUCCACCAUGCAUGCACUAUUAUGUUUUGAACAAGUGCAAGUGUGUAGUAACACACCCCUCGUGAUAUAUCAAUUACCAUACUUGUUAUGUAAGCUGAAAAAAAACGAAUCAGCAAUGCUUAUUCAAAAUUAAUAGAGAAAAGUUUUGCCUA